CCCUUGCGUACGCAAGACUUUUGAGACAUAUAUUGCCAGGACUCACCGCAUUCUGCCUGCGUCCGGUGACAUCGAUUGGACUGAAGGAAAGCCCGUCGAGGAGAGCACAUUAGUCGACAAAAGGGGCGAUUGCUGUGCUCCGGCUCCACACCAGCCAUUCACAUAAGCUUAAACCUUAUGACGACCUGACCAAAGGCGCUUUGCUAACCACCCGCAUCGUCAACCGCUUCGUGUACCCAACCACUUCCAAAUUUCCUCUCCAACUACUAAGCUCGCAGGCAUUUGAUAUACUUUUGCCUCCCGCCUCUCCGUCGUUCGCUCUUUUCUUGUUCCUCUUCGCUCCCAUCUACUGUGAACCUUGAUCAUCUUCACAUCCACCGAAGCAUGUUCUUUAAGCGGCUGUCACGCGGUUCACGCUCAAACUCAUACGCCGAAAACGAAUAUCUCGAUUCGCCCCGUUCUGCACAGGACCCUCACUUUGCAUCGGACCGUAGCAUCCACGAUUCUCCACGCCAGGGCACGCCGCAGCACAACUCGUAUCCGCCGCUGUCGCCGACCAAGGAGUCACAGCGGCCGGAUUCGUCCAAAGACAACCACAACAGGAUGUACGCAACCCAGCGACAGUCGCAGGCACCCGCCGACCCGUACUCGCGUGCCGCAGGCGGAGGACUCGAUGGACGGGCCAAUGGCAUUUCCGCGGGCAGGAACAGCAUGCACGUCGACAGUCAUGGGCCCGGCGGCUUCAAGCAGGACGCCGCGCCUGAUCUGCUGACAAGGGCGUUCAAUGAGGCGGUCAGGCCGUACACGGAGAAGAUUGAGCAGCUGGAGGCCCAGGUGGCGGAUAUGCAGUAUCGGAUUGAGGAGCUGGAGAGGGAGAGAGCGGAGAUGCACUCCUGGAUAGACAAGAGGGGUCUUCGACCUGACGUACCGCCUACAAUAGCCUCACAGAUGGACCAGGGCUCUGGCGCAGCGAUUUCACUCAACGCCCAGCUCGACCGCAAAAUCACCAUUGUGAAUUUCGAUCUGCACCGCUUACAGAAUGACCUCAAUUCGUCCAUCUCAACAGCGCACUUUGCGUCUGCCAUGGCCAAGUUCCUCCCGGACAUCGCGCGUCUGACGGCACUCCCUGGCGGGCCAAAGCUUUCCUUCGACCUCAUCCUCAAACUUGGCGGCAACCUCAACUCACACGGCGGUCUCGACAGCUCCGACCCCGAGGACAUUGCCGCGCGGCGAGACUUCUACGCACAGCUCGACGACGCGAUGGUCAACGUCGUGAAGAGAAGGUUCGAAGAGGAGGGCGACGAAAGCGCCGGAUGGAACGUCAGCAGAGAAAUUAAGAGGAUCGAGAAGACGGCGGCGUACCUGAGGAACUUUGGCGUCGAGCCGUACUUCCCGCGCACCGUUGAGGCCAUGCGGAGGGAGACGGAGUACAGGAGUGCAGGGCCGGGAAUGGCGGCGCCGCCGCACGCCGCCGAUCCGCCGGGAUACGCACGCAACUGAUCUGACGCCCGCAUUUUGUGGUUGCAGCCAUAAUUGAUAAGAGAAGCAUCUGAGCACAGGUAUGGGAAGGUGCAAAAAAAAAAAGGAAGACGACAGAGCCUUCACCACCCCUUCUACUGCACAGCAACGUGCACCAUCUUGAGUAAUCUUUUUGUUUUUAAUUCCCACACGUCUCUUCUCUAUCACUUGUAUUACUGAGCUGCGGGUUAUCACAUUACACUCGGACGCAGGGCCGGGCGAGCAGGUAAAGCACACGACGUAACGAAUUUCUCUCUCUCUCUCUGUGUGUGUGCAACCAAUCCUCACGGCAGCUGGCAGAGCAGCCGACACAGAGAAUAAGGCAUCAUAAAUUUUGUAUCCGGGCGUUUCAAAAUGCGUCGUGUGAGGGUCAAUUCAAAUGGUAGCGCAUUAGUGAAUUGAUUCGACGAGCGACGAGUGGGACUUUGCUUUAGGCUUUCUUUCUUCUUUUUGGGGGAAAGGUUCCAAGGGAAAAGAGAUAGUAAAUAAUAUAGUUUUUUAUAAUAACAAAGAAGAACGUUCCCGAAACCGCUACGUCGCAACUGAGG